GAUAAAGGUAAUUAAUCUCUACGCUUCUCUCUUUGCAAUUACUCCUUGAGAGCAUAUCUCUCUAGAAUAUCGAGUAUUGUUGACUUAAGCGUUGGAGUGUUUUCCUCGAGGAAACAUUCUCAGGAUUUUCAGGUGUAGAAGCAGCUAAGGACUUCAAUAGCGUUGGACAACGAAGCUGCCGAAACAUUUGGCGCCGUCUGUGGGAAACUCGAACGAGAAGUUGUGUAGCCUAACCCACUGAAAAGAAAGAAAGAAAAAAAAAAGAUGGUUCGUACUUUUACCAGAAAUCACCCCCCAAGAAACCAAAUGGACGAACAGGAGGACGCUCAACUAUCUGAGCCCGGCUUGAAUGACUUUAGGCUAAUGCCAAGGAACCUUUUCGUCGGAGGAGCAGAACAGGAUCAACUAAGUGAAACAGAUGAUAAUGAAAGAACACAAACCGGGUAUGCAAGUCAGCCUGAACAGUUCCAAGUUCCAACAGGAAUAAGACAAAGACAUUCUAGACCAUACAAUUCACAGCAUGAACGACCUAAAAGGGAUGCACAGCCAGCUGCAGUUGUUGCAACUCGAAACUCCCCCACUCUGAGCAACAUAGUGGUGCCGACCAGGCCGAGGGGAAGCGGGAAGCUAAAUAACGAGCCCAGCUCGUCCAAAUAUAGCGAAGAACUGAUGAGAAAGAACGCAGACCUUGAAAGACAGCUGCGGGACAUACAAAAAUCUAUUGACGAGCUGAAAAGUCCCAGGUCGCACCAACAGACCCUAGAUUUGGAUAGUGCUCCACUAAACCUAUCCAUCACAAUGGAACCGUAUCAAGGGGGAUUUAAAAUUCCCCACCUAGAGACGUAUGAUGGCUCGGAUGACCCUGAUGAACAUCUGCACACCUAUCAAGCCAUCAUGAGAAUCCAAAAUGCCAAUGAUGCCAUGAUGUGCAAAGUGUUUCCAGCGACACUCAAGUCAACAGCCAGGAGAUGGUAUCACAAACUCCCUAGACAUUCUAUAGACUCAUACUCCCAACUCGCCAAGCUAUUCUCCAACAAGUUUGCGAGCCAAAGGGAGAUUAAACGCACAACGACUGAGCUGAUGCAAGCUCAUCAGAAGGAAGGGGAAUCUCUGAGGGACUACAUGCAGCGAUUCAACAAAACCACUUUAGACAUUGAUAAUGUCCCAGAUACCAUCUGCUUGUCGGCCUUGCUGCAUGGUUUGAAGAGUGGUCGAUUCAUAGACGACCUGCUAGAAAACCCACUGAAGACGUGGAACGAAGUGAAUGACAGGUCUCAAAUCUUGGCACAAAUCCAGCACUGGGUUAGAAGACCCCCACCCCUACUGCAUGAUUCCCCGAGGGCAGACAAGAGCAAGCAUUGCAACUACCACCGUACUUAUGGUCACAAUACAGAAGAUUGCCAACACUUAAAGGACGAGCUGAAAUUUUUAGCUCGCAAUGGGAAAUUAGAAGGAUAUGCACAGAAGCCUUAUACCCAGCAACCAUCUCAAACUCACUUUGUGCAAGGGGUAGAGCAUACAGAUGACGUCAGUUCAAUAGGAGAGGACAAGGACAGAGAACUACCGCCUAGAACCAAAAAGAUAGGAAAGGGGCCUUUGAAACGCCCAUUUGAAGAAGCAGAAUGGGAAAAUGUAGCCAUCACAUUUAGCCCGACAGACUAUAAGCGAGCAGAAGGAGAGCCCGACAUUAUGAUGCCGCAUGUAAAUCCUUUCGUGGCAACGGUUCAUAUAGGCAACCAUAACAUCAACAAGGUCUUCAUUGACACUGGUAGUUCACCGAAUAUCUUGUACUGGAGUUGCUUCCAGAAAAUGCAGCUGAAUCCGAACUCACUACAGAAGCAUGAAGGGCCUAUAUAUGGGUUUGACAAUCAGCCUGUCCCGGUUGAAGGAGUCAUUACUCUUCCCAUCUACAUGGGUUCAGAACCACGCUUCAGGAUGGCUUCAGUCAGCUUCCUGGUCGUCAAAAUGGAGUCGACCUUCAAUGCCAUAUUAGGAAGAGCCACCCUCUGUGAGCUGAAAGCUGUUAUUUCUCAACCCCAUCUCUGUAUGAAAUUCCCAACUCUUCAAGGGGUAGGAGUGCUUAAAGGGAACCAGAAGAUGGCCAGAGCCUGCUACCAAGAUACUUUCAAGAAGGUUGAGCUCGCUGCAGCCCCAGUAGGUUCUGAGAUUCACAGGCUGACCCAGCUCGGUCAACAGACAAUGAGUAUAUCAGACAUUGAGCACCGACCUGAAGGUGUCGAGCAGAAGGCAGAGCCGGUAGAGCCAGUGGAGAUAGUUCCUUUAAACCCUGAUGUGAUGGAAAGAACAGUUAAGAUCGGCACCAGGCUCAUAGAAAAAGAGCAGGCAGAGCUUUUGAAGUUUCUAAGGGCUAAUCAAGAUGUGUUUGCGUGGACUACAGAUGAAAUGCCUAGCAUUCCAGCGGAGUUGACAGUCCACAAACUCAGCACGGACCCCACCAAAAGGCCGAUGUGGAGGAUGUGCAUUGAUUUCACAAAUUUAAAUGAGGCGUGCUCGAAAGACUCUCAUCCCUUGCCAAAUGUCGAGAAGCUAGUAGAACGGGCAGCCGGACAUGAACGGAUGAGCUUUCUUGAUGCCAGCUUGGGUUAUAACCAGGUUCAAUUGUUGUUAGACGACCAGGAGAAAACAGCUUUCUACGCUGGUGACGCAAUUUACUGCUAUGUGAUGAUGCUGUUUGGCUUGAAAAAUGCUAGCGCUACAUAUCAGAAACUGGAUCAUAUAGACGACUUGAGUAAGACCUUUCAAAACUUGCGCCAAGCCCAAAAGAAGCUGAAUCCAUUGAAAUGCACAUUUGCUGUAGAGUCAGGAAAAUUCUUGGGGUACGUGGUAUCCAAGAAAGGAAUUGAGGUAAAUCCAGAGAAGGUUCAGGCCGUUCAGCAGAUGGAACCGCCCAAGAUGGGGGAAAGUUUAUACCUGUAUCUGGGGGUUACGGAAGAGGCGGUGAGCUCGAUCCUACUCAGGGAAGAGAAUAAGAAUCAAAAGCCUAUCUGCUAUGUGAGCAAUGUUUUACAAGAUGCCAAGCAGAACUACCCACUAGCAGAAAAGGCUGCUUUUGCUAUGGUUUGCACAGCUCGUAAGUUGAGAGUUUACUUCAAAUAUCAUCAAAUUGUUGUCUAUACCGAUCUGCCGUUGAAGAGGAUAUUGCAGAGACCGGAACUCUCUGGUCGGUUUAUCGGAUGGAGCGUCAAGCUGAAAAAGGCACCCGAACACCAAGUCUGGGUCUUGUAUGUUGAUAGAGCUGCUAACGUUGAAGGAUCGGGUGCUGGGGCUGUGUUAGUGAGCCCAGAUGGCUUUAAAUCUGAAACACGCACUGAGGUACAGAGCAUUCAGGUUUUUAACGACUCUCAGCUCGUUGUGGGCCACGUGAAGGGCAGUUGUGAAAUUAGGGAUCCCCAGCUUGGUCGCUAUGCCUCUGUGGUCAACAGAUUGAAGUCAAGAUUCGACUCAUUCCAAAUCGACAAAAUACCGAGAGCGGAUAACCAACGAGCUGACGAGCUGUCAAAAUUAGCCUCCUCGCAAGAUGUCAACCCUCAUAGGUCAACAAUGGUGGAGGUACUUGACACUCCGAGCUACGCCGAUUGCACAGUCGAGUGUCAGUUGCUCAGCACGGAUCCCUCUUCACCGAGCUGGACUACCCCGCUCAUAGAUUAUCUGUGCAAUGGCGAGCUGCCUAAAGAUCCGUCUGCUGCAAAAUUGAUUAAACGCAAGGCGGCUCAUUUCACUUUGUUAUGCAAUCAGCUCUACAAACGAGCAGCCUCAAUGCCCUUAUUACGCUGCCUCACUCCUUAUGAAGCCGAAUAUGCUGUGAGGGAAGUUCAUGAAGGAGUAUGUGGAGAAAUGCUCUCAUUACUCUCAUCUCCCUGGCCUUUUCCUCAAUGGGGAGUCGACUUGCUCGGUCCUUUUGUGAAAGGCAAAGGAGGUUGCACUUACCUCGUUGUUGCUGCGGUGGAUUACUUCACCAAAUGGAUAGAAGCUAAACCAUUGUCCACGACAAAAGAGAAGAAAAUAGAAGAAUUCCUGUUUAAUUCAAUAUUAUGUAGGUUCGUCAUACCUAAACGGAUCAUUGCUGACAAUGGUCCGCAGUUCCGAGCCGCUGCACUGAGGUCGUUCUGUAAUGACUAUGGCAUUGAGCUCGCCUUGACAUCUGUGUAUACUCCACAGUCAAAUGGAUAGGCCGAGUCCGCCAAUAAAAUCGUCUUGCGAGGCCUCAAGACGCGUGUUCUGGCUGCAUAUUCUAAUUGGGUUGAUGAGCUCAAUAAAGUGCUUUGGUCAUG